AAUCCAACUCUAGGUUGCCAAAAGAUAAAAAUUGAGACACGACUAGUCUUUGUUGUAAAACGUUCGCAAUGGUGAAGCCUAGAGAAACGGUUAUCGAGCAAGGAAUUCAACGAGUUGGUCAACAUGACCUCCCAAGAACUCGAAGAUUGGUUAAAAACCAAUGAGUCUACGAGCUCUGGCUGGUCCAAGGAUGAUGGCUCAGGAGAGACGAUUGGACACGAGAGUGGGCGUCACAUUGUCGAGAUUCUGAAGAAGAAUCCAGACAAGGUCCCUUCCGGGUAUGACGAGGAGGAUAUCCCCCAUAUGCGGAAGGUCGUGAGUUACUGUAAACGCCACCUGGCUCAGGAGGAGAAGGCGAAGCAGGACGUCGAGAGGAUGACGCUCAAUAUCUACUAAACAGCAAAUACAGCAAGCAGAGGGAGCAUCAGGAAGAAACUCAAGUGAAAAUAGGAAUAAAAGCAACCUCUAGCCCACAGACAAACUUGGACUCGUUCACCUUGACCACCUCUACCUACCUCCUACACCACAAGUCCCGGCUCUAACU